UCAGUUUGAAGAUAACUCGACAAACCAGUGGCAAGAUUUGUCAUAUACCAAUAUUACUCACUCUGGGUUGCCUAGCCAAUUGAUUAGCUCCUUAUCUCACUGAUAGAGCACCAUAUCUAACUGAUAACGUGUCAGGUGAGACAUGGGCUUAUGUGAGAGCUGAGUGUGUCUCUCUCCACCACGCACGCUGCCACACCACCACUCCCAUUGGACAAAUUAUGCGGACCAGUAAUACUACAACCAUGUGGUGCAAAGUGGGAGUGUUCAUAUUCAUCACUAUAUUAACUAUUUACAUUAUCAGUGUAAUGUUGAGGUCUGAUAAAAAUGUACCAGAUAAUUAUUCAUUACUAUCAAGCAACAAAAAUCAAGAAUUAUUUAUAGAUUCUACUUGUAAAGUUAAGGAUACAACUCGUAGGACAUCAAAAGAAUCAAACAUAUUGCCUCUAUGGGAACAAUCAUUAGAUUUUGAUCGACUACAUAAUAUCAAUGUAAUUGGAAGUCCUUAUGGAUGCUAUCUAGUUCCAAAUUACGUUCAUUUCAUAUGGUUUGGAGACAAGCCGAUCAACUAUUUACAAAUGGUCUGUAUCUUGGCAGCAUUCAAAAAUCAAAAACCUGAAAAGUUAUUUUUCCAUUUCGACAACAACAACACUUUCACGGGGAAGUUUUGGAAAACUCUUGAACACACUCCAGGUUUCAUGGAUAUUGUCGAAUUUCACGACAUUGAACUCCCUGACGAGAUAUUUGGCCAGAAACUGAGUAGGGAAUGGAGGACUUGGCACGGAAGUGACAUUGCAAGGAUAAGAACGAUGAUGAAAUACGGAGGAAUUUUCUUGGAUAACGACUGUUACCUGGUGAAAAACAUCAAUAAUUUCAGAAGAUUUGAGAUCAGUAUGAACUGGGAUGAAAAUCAAUACAUGGGUAGCCAAGUUAUCGUUGCUCAUAAAGAUGCAAGGUUUUUAAGGCGGUGGUUGGAGUCGUACAGGGAGUACGACGAGACCCAGUGGUACUACAACGCCGGUGAAAAGCCCACAAAGGAAAUACUUCAGAAAGAGCCGAAUUUAAUUCACAGAGUAAAGGUGUGGUUUGGAGUCGAUACGAAAUUUAAAAUGAACAUAUUUCAAGAACAGUGGAAGGAAUGGAAGAAUUUCUAUGUUCUACAUCUCCUCAUGCGUCAUCAGAGCGAUCUAGGAGCCUUAAAGAAAUAUGCUACAUUUCCAGUGGAAUUUAACGAAGAAAAUAUCGGCUACUACCCGAUCACCUUUAGGGAUAUGGCUUACGAUGUGUACGAUACUGCCAACGUCACUUGGCCUAAAGAUAAGCUAGAUCCACCCAGCCUGUUUGAUGUUGUUAAUUUUAUUUGACCUAUAUUUCAACGAUUUUUCCCCCAAAUAGUCUUGAAUCAAUCCAGAGCAUAUGAACUAAUGAAGGUUCUAUGUUAUAAGUGGAAAAAUAACUGAUAGAUCUGACACUCUCUCACUUAGUUGAUUGGAAAGAAAUGAGUAUUGGCAUGUUGAUUAAUUAAUAUUUUAAAUUAUGAGUAUGAAACUUAAUUGUAAACUCAAUAAAAAUAUUUAAUCUCAGAUGAACCAGAGAGUACAGCUUAUAAUUGAAAAUAUGGAUCUUUGACUGUUAUUUUGAAAGUGUUGAUAUUAUUUAAAAAGCUAAGUAAAUCUUUAUAAAUUAUAAAUUUAUUGAAUUAACUUAAAACUGUUCAAACAAAAACAAACUUAUUAAUGUAUGUAAAAUAUUCUUAAAUGUCUAACACUAAAUUCAAAUUCUGGACUUUCAUAAUUUUUACUAAACUCUUAUUUUAUUUCAAUUUUGCAUAAUGUAGUGUUUCAUAUUUAACUCUCAUUUUUCAUGUGUUGCACAUCUCAAGAAUUUUGUAAGCUGUUCAUCAAUUUAAAUUUAAUGCAAAUAAUAAUGAGUAUGCAAUUUUUCUACGUAAAUUUAUGUUUUGUAUGAGGGUUUGGAAAUCAAGGAUUUUAUCCUCAAGUGAUGUCUUAAAUAAUACUUACAUGUUUAAGGAAAUUAUUAUUUAAGACUAUUAUUAUUUAAGUAAAGGAAUUUGCAAAUAGGUUUAGCCAGUAUGAAAUAUUGAAAUACAGUUACAUUUUAAUUUUCUUAUAAAUUGAGAGUAGAAUUUAAUUUUUAAUAGUGCAGUCUUCAUUAUUUAUAAGUCUUUCUUGAUUUUUGUUAAUCAUGUUUUUCCAUACAUUAAAUUGUGUUCUAUUUGUAACUUAACAAUAAAUCACUUCACACACUAUCCUUUAACCUGAGCUUCCAUUAGGAUUUUAACGAGGGUUCAAUUAUUUAUUUUGGUUUACUAGGCAACAAUGUAAACCAAUCUUUCAUCAAGAAACUUUCACAUCCAACAGAACAUGAAUGGGAGAACAUUUUUCAUAAACAAACUGAUUAUUAAAAUUAUAUGGUUGUUAAAAUUCCAAACAAAUUACAAUAUGUGAAUAUUUUUGUACAAAUAGCUGACAAUACCCCAAGUACUGUAUAUUGAAAAAUAUGGGUAAUAUAUGAAUUGUCAAAUUACAACAGUAUAUAGAUAGAGGUUAUAAGAUAAAGGAGUAUUUGUGUAGCUGCCGCCUGGAAGAAGUCAUGGCUUGAAGUUGUCUUGUGUCUGCAGCAAGUAAACAAAUGGCUGCACCUGAACCCUGUAGUGUAUACUUACUAUUUUUACAAAACAUCUUAUACAGGGUAUUAUAAUUUGUGUCAUCAGAGUUUUGUAACUGCAAAAUAUAUUGUGUAAAAUGAAUUGUUAUUUCAUGAAUAAUAAACUUAUGAACAUGUUUCUUUAGAA